UAUUAAUUUUAUUUCUAUUAAUUAAUUUAUAAACAUAAAUAAGUUAUUUGAAUUAACUUAUUUCAAACAUUUAAUAUAAUGAAGUCAAUAAAACCAUAAUUCAUUAAUUUUUAAUAGGUUAAAAAAACAAAUUUUAGCUUAGUGGUAAUUAAAAAUGUUUCGCUGGUCAGGUGUUCAUGUUUAACUCUAAUACUUUAAUCUAAGAGUGAAAAAAUGAUGCAAGAAGUUUCUAGAGAAAAAGUUGAAAGAAUUUUACCAAAGAAUCGAUCAAAGGUAUUGAAAUGGAAUGGCUGGGGAUAUAAAGAUUCAAAAUUCUUUGUGACAAAAGAAGGAGUGAUUCGUUUUACUGGUAAUCGGUAUCCUAUUGGAGAGAUAGACUUACCAUUUUUCACUCAAUGGGUUCAAAAAACAUUAAACAUUGAUAUCAGAUCUAGAAAUGUACCACAAAAUAUAUUCAAGUCUAAUGAAAUUCCACAUUGUUUUAUACCCAAUGAUUUUCUUGUUGCUUUAAAAAAUACAAAAAUGGAUUUUACAACUGAUGGUCCUGCUAGAAUCUGUCGAUCCCAUGGCCAAACCCUUUAUGAUAUAUAUACAUUGAGAUAUGAUAAAUGUUUUCCUCGUAUUUCAGAUAUUGUUGUAUGGCCAAUGAACCAUGAAAAUGUCAUCACCUUAGUAGAAUUAGCUAAUAAUUAUAAUGUUGCUUUAAUACCAUAUGGAGGAGGUACUAGCGUAUCUGGAGCAGUAACAUUACCUAAAUAUGAAAAACGGUGUAUAGUUAGUGUUGAUACUUCACAAAUGAACAAAUUAUUAUGGUUAGAUGAAUCAAAUUUAAUUGCUUGUUUUGAAGCUGGUAUUGUUGGUCAAGAUUUGGAACGAGAACUUAAAAAACUAGGUUUUACAUGUGGACAUGAACCAGAUUCAUAUGAAUUUUCUAGUUUAGGUGGUUGGGUAGCUACUCGAGCUUCAGGGAUGAAAAAAAAUGUUUACGGCAAUAUUGAAGAUUUAGUAGUUGAUGUAAAAAUGGUUACAUCUGAAGGUGUUAUGGAAAAAAAUAGCAAGGUUCCUAGAAUGUCAUGUGGGCCUGAUUUUCAACAUAUUAUUUUAGGAUCAGAAGGAACAUUAGGAAUAAUUACAGAGGUAAAAUUAAAAAUUCGACCAUUACCUAAAUGUAUCAGUUAUGAAUCAGUCAUUUUUCCUGAUUAUGAUUCAGGAGUCAAGUGUAUGAGAGAAGUAGCAAAACAAAGAUGUCAGCCUGCAUCAAUAAGGCUCAUGGACAACAUGCAGUUUAAAUUUGGGCAAUCACUACGCCCAAUGAAUAAUAAAUUUGAAAAUUUAAAGGAGAUUUUUAAAAAAAUAUACUUGAAAAGAAUUUGUGCAUUUGAUUAUGAUUCACUGUGUGUCAUGACACUUUUAUUUGAAGGCUCUCGUGAAGAAGUAAAUUUACAUAAGAAUCGAAUCUCUCAUAUAGCAACAUUAUUUGGUGGUAUUAAUAGUGGUGAAAAAAUUGGUAAAAUGGGAUACAUGCUAACAUUUGUAAUUGCUUAUAUACGUGAUCUAGCUCUUGAAUAUAAUGUUGUAGCUGAAUCAUUUGAAACAUCUGUACCUUGGGAUAAAACUCUUCAUCUUUGUAAUUAUGUUAAGAAAACAGUGUCAAAUGAAUGUAGUAAGCUGAACAUCAAAUAUUAUUUAAUUAGCUGUCGUGUUACUCAAACAUAUGAUACUGGAUGCUGUGUUUAUUUCUAUUUUGGAUUUAAUUGGACUGGGUUAAAUAAUCCAGUAUCAACUUAUCACCACAUUGAAUCUAUUGCAAGAGAUGCAAUCAUAGUGUCUGGAGGGUCAAUAUCUCAUCACCAUGGUGUUGGAAAACUUAGAAGUUAUUGGUAUCAAAAUAAUAUACCUAAAACAACUCUAUCUCUCUACAAAUCAUCUAAACAUUUAUUAGAUCCAAAAAAUAUUUUUGCUAUUGGAAAUCUUAUGUGUUAUCCAAUUUCAAAAUUAUAAAAAAAAAUUACACUCAAAAUGUAGUCUUAUUAGUAUAAUAUUACAAUAGUAUUAAUAUUAAAUAUAGCUUUUAGUAUCAUAUUUCAUGUAUUUUAACUGUAUACAAUGACAUUUAAUUUGUUUUUUUUAUCUUUGAAUUAACAACUCGAGGGAGAAUUGUCUUUUUUUACUUUUUUUUAAACUGACAUUGUUUAUUUCAACAAAUAUCACAUAAUACAAUUAUGAAGUUAACAGAAAAUUAUAAAAUCUUAAUUAAUUAA